CAGUGUGCUCUCUAGCUCACAGACAACUUCCCAACAGGAGCAGAGCGUAUCAGAUUGCCUCUAAUGCACUGAAAUUCUCCCACACCCUCCGCUGAAUGACUCCGGAUCAGGUGGACAUAAGUAGAACUUUGCUGAUCGGCUAAGGGAGGUGCAUUCAGACAGAGCCGGCACCAUGAGUUAAUCACCGGGACACUCUGCCUUCAGUCCUCUGGUAAUCAUGAGCAACACGCGCCCGUGUGGGAGCGCCCCGGGAUGGCCGCACAGGGCUGCAGAAGCAACGAUGCUGCUGGUGCUGCUGGUGCUGCUCAGUUUGGCCCGGUCCGCUUCUGGGCAGGCCGGCUGUCAGGCAGCCGAACCCGCUCAGAACCUCAGCCAGCCCCCGUACAGCGGCGCCGCAAACAGCAAUGCCGACGCGGAUUUUCUGAUGCCCUUCGUCCGCUCCUUUCUCUACACGGUCCAGCCUCACCCUUUUCCUGAAGAUAUAAUCCUGAAAAUAAUCAAGAACCCUGAGCAGGUGGUGUCCAAUCAAGAGGAGAUAAAGGAAAUCCUGGUGUAUGAAGUGGGUUUCCUGGUGUGUAUUGCCAUCGGCAUCCUGUACAUCUUCCUGAUGCCCAUAAUUGGUUUGUUCAUGGCUUGCUGUCGCUGCUGUGGCAACUGCGGUGGAAAGAUGUACCAGAAGCAGACAUCCUCCAUCCACUGUCUCAGAAGGACUCUCUACUUCAGCGUAUUUGGAUUCACGAUCAUUAUCUUCGCCGGUAACGUCUGCAUGUUCAGAAGCAACGAAGCUCUUAAAGUGACCGUGGACCAGAGUCCGUUGGCGCUGAAGAACACCAUAGGCGACAUCCACCUCUUCCUCGCAUCUGUGCCAAAGCAAGUGGAUGACGUGGUGAGUGAGAGUCACAGAACUGUGGAGAAGGUGACCAGAAACUUAGACGACAUCGGACGUCAGGUGGGAGGGAAAAUCCAGCAGCGCUUCAAAGGAACCCUUUACCCCGCUCUGCAGUCCGUCCGACUUCUACACCAAGAAAGUUUGAACACCAGUGACCGACUGGACAAGCUGAACUCCUCCCUGGCCCAGCUGCAGUCCAGCUUAGACCGUGUUCAGGCCAACGUCAGCGCCGUCAGAGAUCGCAUCAAUCAGACGCUGUCGAAGCCAGAUUGCAAUGGAUGUCACUACUUAAAAGAAGACAUGCAGACACUAACAGUAGACACCACCAUUUCUGCUCCCAGCCUGCAUGAAUUUCAGUCUGCGGUGGAUGAAGUCAUUAAAGCUGAUCUCCAGGCCAAAAUACGUGAGGCAGAGGAGUACAACCGCACCAUUCCUCAGAAGGUGACCAAUGAAACUGAGGAUUUAGUUCAAAAGAGCAAACAGCAGCUGGAUGACAUAAAACAACAGAUUUCCAAGGUUUCCAGUGAACUCCGUCUAUCGGAUUUGAACAACGUCACGGGGACUCUGGACCAGGUGCAGCACAACAUCGACAGUGUCUUGCCUGAAGUGAAAAGAGCAGAGGGUAUUAGGUGGAGUGUGGGCGUGUUCCUGUGCUGUGUGGUCCUCCUGGUGGUGACCUGUAACAUCCUGGGUCUGGUUCUGGGCCCUCUGGGUCUGUCCCCCUUGGUGGACCCCACCAACCGCUCCUCCACCUCCAACUGCGGUGGCAUCUUUCUCAUGAUGGGCGCAGGGUUCAGCUUCCUCUUUUCCUGGCUUUUCAUGAUCUUGGUGCUGCUGCUCUUCUUACUGGGUGGAAACAUGCACACGUUGAUUUGUCGACCAUGGAAUGACGGCCAGCUGCUAAAGUUCCUUGAUACUUCAGGACCGAAAUUAGGCCUGGAUUUGGGACUCAAGAGCAACAUCUCUGACAUCUAUAGAGACUGUGAGAAGAACCAACCUUUGUGGACGACACUCCGCUUGUACGAGCUCGUAGACCUUGGAGAGUUACUCAAUGUGUCUAAAUACACGGCGCUGAUCCGGGAGCAGUUUGAGAGCACCAAUAUCACUCUGUCUUCCUUCAAUCUCCUGAGCCCUGAAAUAAAAAAACAACUCGCAAACAUCUCCGCUAAGGCUACUAACUUCAACAGCACCGCCGUCACACAGCAGAUGAACGACAUUUUACGCAUCAACCUGAACACAACGGCGGACAAAAUCGAUCUCCUGGCUAGAAACCAGAGCGGUUCGACGGCCGUCAAAGACGAGCUUCAAAGCGAGGCUUUGACACUGAGGCAGAUUCAAGCCGACAUAGAAGUGACGGUCUUCCCACAGGUGAGAAACCUGAAUUCAUCCAUCAGGAGCCUUCAGUCCACCACAGGAAAAAUCAAUGGAACGGCGGGGGAGGCACUGAGCAAAGUCGGAGCAGCACAAGACUUCCUCAACACAAACACGACACAGAUUGUAAAGACCGAAAGCAGGAGCUUUCUAGACUGUCAGGUGGAUUACUUCGCCGUUUAUAUUGACUGGGCCAAAACUAUGGUCACACAGCAGCUCGGCCGCUGCAGGCCUGUCGCCAGAGCUGUAGACUCCGUGGAGGUCGUGCUUUGUGUUAACAUGGUGGAGUCUCUGAACGCGUUCUGGUUCAGUCUGGGCUGGUGCCUGAUGUUCUUCAUUCCCAGCAUAAUCGCUUCCAUCAAACUAGCAAAGUACUACCGGAGGAUGAAAUACUCCGAUUUCAUUGACAAUCACAUCACCAUGAACCACAUCCCGCGGGCUCAGUUUAAAAUCACCUGAGAUGGGACCCACGUGUGUGUGACUUUAAAAGUCUGCAGCCACAAAUGUUAGGUUUGAGGAAAUAAAAGCACACGGCGCACCGCUGCACAGAUGUGGCACAUUGUCACUUGGGUGCAAUGACUGAAAAAAAUUAUAAAUUUAUAGACUAAGGUACCUACUUGAAUAUUUUGUAAAUUCACCAGCGUGUGGAGAGACAAAUCUACAUUCAACGUGAGUGUAGUGUUUUUAUUGGUACAUUUCUUCUAGCUCCCUUUUCCAUUUUAUAGCCGCCUCAAGGGGAUUUUAAUGAUAUAUGGAAACCUGUAAGGAUUUAAAAAAUGUCCUGUCUGAAAUCAGCUGCUGUUAAAUAUGCCCUAAUCAGGCAGAUUUCUUAUUUCUAGAUGAUUACAUCUGUAUAUACGUUGGCGCACAGUUCUUUGUCUUGAUUGUUUUUUAGCAACGUGUCGCCAAUAGAAAACACAUUUUUUGACUGAAUUUCUAUUUUUUUUGCACUAAUGUUGGGAACCAAUGUUUUCUGGGAUCGAUACACUUAAUUGAAUAUCGAAUAUUUUCAAAGCAUAAUAUCACUACGGUUUGCAAACGUUGCAAUGCUAUUGUUGCUGUUUUUUUAAUGGAAAUUGUAAUUAAUGGUUUACUUAGUCUUCUCCGGACCGAGCACAUAACAGUCCUUUUUGCACGACCGUAGUUUUGUCACCGAGGGUCGACGGGGACAGCAUCAGCGGAAACGGCAAAGUCCGGCUGUCGCCCGAGAUCCCCUCGCUUACUUUCUUCAUCAGCAAGAGCGUAGCGUCCAAAACUGUUGAUGGCGCUGUUUCUCUCCCCUGGAUGUCUUGACGGUGCGGGAGCGAGGUGUGGAGCUUUCUCCAGUGACAACAGCAGGUGUGGACCAAGAUUUCUGAUGGUCCAGUUUAAUAAGAAUGGGAUCACCCGGCUCUAAUGAUGGGAGGGGUCACCAAGCUGCUCUGCACCAGCGCUGAUGUUUAAGGUGUGGCUGUGAGCCAUGACUGCAUCAUCUGUAGAAACACUGUUUCUCUCCAACGUCUGUCCCACGUCUGACUCCAUGUAACGAAUCCACUGUCCACACAUAACCGGAGUUCACGGAGGUUAUUGUUAUUAUCUGAGUUUUACAGACAUCCAGUGGUUGAGAACAUGUGGCGCUUAUCCUCUUAAAGGCACAGUAAUCCUUUUCAAAGUACACAUUAUGUGACAGUAAUGUCUUUGACUGUUAUUUACAAUUGCACUGAUUGAUACUGAUUUUUUUGUUCUACUUGGUUCUGUAGAGUAAUUCCUGUUACGCAGCACUUUACGCGACCUGUUUGUUUAAUUGGAUUUUUUAAAAAAAGGGGUUAGAACAUUUCUGUCAGCUGUUUUCCAUACUGUGAAUAAAAACGACCACUAAUCAAGAGA